AUGUACAACCACCACUCACAAGGCCGUUACGGCGGCUCAGGCUCUCGUUCCUCCGCCCCCGCCCUCGACACAGCACCGCAAGGCGCCCUCGGAGCACUCGCUGACUGGGCCGCUCGCAAUCUCGACCCAGAACUUCAAUCCUCGCCCGUAUCCGUCUAUGUCGAACGCUGCUGUCAUCCCGCACUAUCCCAACCCAAUCUCGCCCUCAACCUCGAACUUGCCGACUAUGUCAAUCAGAAGAAAGCCAAUACUCCCCGAGAAGCCGCUUUCGAAACCGUACGCAAGAUCAACUCGCGCAAUCCUCAUGUCGGCAUGCUCGGCCUCUCACUCCUUGAUAUAUUGGUGAAGAAUUGCGGGUAUCCGUUCCAUCUUCAAAUUGCAACAAAGGAAUUCUUGAAUGAGAUGGUGAAACGGUUCCCCGAGAGACCACCGGUGUUUCCCUCGCCAGUGCAGAGUAAGAUCCUGGAGUUGAUUCAUGAAUGGAAGUUGACGCUUUGUGUCACGUCCAAGCAUAGAGAGGAUCUGGUGCAUAUCAGGGAUAUGCAUCGGCUAUUGACGUAUAAAGGGUACAGGUUCCCAAAUGUCGAUUCUAGGGCAGCAAGUGUCAUGAACUCGGACAACAAUCUCAAAUCACCCGAAGAGCUGGAGGAAGAAGACCGCGCUGCACAAGGAGCAAAACUUCAAGAAUUGAUUCGAAGAGGAACUCCAAAAGAUCUAGCACAAGCUCAAGAGCUCAUGAAGAUCAUGUCUGGUGCCGAACCCGAGAACAAGCCCGAUUACUCUAAACAAACCCAAAGAGAGCUCGAUAAAGUUCAAUCCCGAGCUAUCUUGCUCAACGACAUGCUCAAUAACGCCAAGCAGGGGGAGAAGUUCGUUCAAGGUGACGCAUAUGACCAGAUCGCAAGUCAUCUAAGGAGCGUCCAACCAAGGAUCCAGAAAUGGAUCGGAGAGGUGGAAGAGAGUAAUGAUGGAUCAGACAACAUGGAUCGUCUCUUGUUGGUCAACGAUUUGAUCAAUCAAGUGGCGGAAAGAUGGGAGCAGUUUAAGAAGGGCAACUUUGAUGCGAAGGUGGAGAUCGAUCCAAGCAUUGAUCCGAAGAAAGGGGGUGCUGAUGCUGUGCCGACGGCUAAGAUUAGUGAUUUGAUUAGUUUCGAUGAUCCUGAAGAACAGAGUAAGGGGAAGAGUGGAGCGGGGGGUAAAGAUGGAGGGUCGAGUAUUAUGGAUGACUUUGCUAGUCUGACGUUUGACGAUGGACCCAGCGCUAGCACAAACAACAAUGAUGGCAAGAGUGCGGUGCCGACGGGAUUGGGCGGUUUGCCAGCAGAUCUUUUCUCGAAUGAUAGCGGAAGCUCGACACCUCAAUCCGGUAACCCUGCUUCCGGGUUGGGUAACUGGGGUGCAUUGCAGUUGCCAACCACUGCUACUUCUACUUCGACGAGCCCUCGCAUCCCAGAGACUGGUGGUGCACAGCAGCAGGGUCAGAGUUUGAUGGACUUGCCUGCUCCACUCACUCCUUCUAGCAGUGCCGGGAAAUCGAACGGCCAACAACAGCAACAACAACAGCAGCAACAGAAGCCAAAAAGCAACGAUCCAUUCGCUGAUCUAGAUGCCAUGUUCAAGUAG